AUGUCUGGCGUCGAAGGUGUUGUGGGUUUGAUUCUCGGCAUAAUCCCCCUCAUAAUCUCAGUGGCAGAAUAUUACCAAGCUACCGGCAAUGUACUCCACCGUUGGAAGGAAUACGACACUGAGGCCAAACGACUUAGGGAGGAGUUAUAUACUCAGGAAUGUAUCUUUCGCAACGAGUUUGAUAUUUUACUGAGCUCAGUCACGGGCUGGAAUUUAAACGAGUCUCACCGAAGACUGGAAUCUGGACACGAUCAGGAAUGGGUUACGGAUGAUCUAGAGGCGAAUUUCGUGAGCUAUCUCGGCGAAGACAACGGCGCCGUGGUGUUGACAACAAUUAAAGCGAUCAAACGGGAGUUGGAAUUUCUGAAGAAUAAGGUCGAGAGGCUCAAGGGGUCCUGUGAAAACACACCUAAUCAUCUCGAACCCCAAUCUGCUAAGGCGAGAUUGGGGUUCAGUUUCUCAGGUCAACAAUUCAAGAAAAGGCUCUCGGACCUAAUCGAACAUAAUAAUAGCCUUCAAUUGAUUUUGGCCCAGGUGCAGCGAAUGCACAACACAACCAUUCAAGCUACCCUAAGUUCCGCACCUUCGGGGGUGACCCAAGGUCAUCAAACUCGCACCGCGGCAAUGAGGGUUUACAAUUCUCUUCGGCGUGCUUGUAGUGCCCAUAAUGGGCAUUUUGUAUAUCUGAGCUUAGAGGACCUUCAGAUUCAAAGCCGCAACAGCCCUCUUUCACAUGGGAUUAACGUGGGUCUACAGCCUACAACCGACCCACACGACAUCUCGAUUGAGCCACCGAUCCGCUUCGUCGUGCGGUCCAUGCUUGGUUCUCGGGAAAGAAAUCCCACAGCAGUGGCUUUCGUACGCGAAGAUGAACAAGACAGAACAGAACUAAAAUGGACGUCCAAACGAAAAAGAAAGCCAGAUCCACUACCGAUAGACGACCAGGAAAACAAGAAGCUCAAGCAUGAAGGGCCUUUGGAAAAAACCGGCCUUUCUGACCUUAAAGAACCCAGUCUCCUCGAUAUCCAAAUGCUCGACAUCGGACAAAGUCUUCUCCGCAGCUCAGAAGAAAGUCGUAUUUCGGUGGAUCUCACCAUAGGCCGUGAUUUCUGUAAGCAGAUUCGACGCUAUCCACAGAAUCUUCCACGACUAGAUGAGAUAGGGUGUCUGAACAUAAAACCUUAUCCUGAACUUCGAGUCUGCUCUCCGCGAGAACCUACGCCAUACCAAUCCCCGUUGUCAUUACCAGAUCUACUUCUGAAACGACCAGAGGACAACUAUGGGGUAGGGCUACUUCCGCACGAAAUUCUCCACCUGGCGAAGCGAGCCGCUCUGGCACUUCUUCACUUUCAUACAACGCCACUGCUAACACCUGACUGGUCUGGUAGAAACAUAGUUUUCUUCGAAACAGAGAAAAGUACUUGGUACCAGCAACCCCACCUAAAAGUCAACACUAACCCCAGUGCUGAUAUUCGACCAAGUACAAGCGCGGCUAUUCGAUGUAUUCGGAAUCCAUAUACCUUUAGUCUUGGUUGUCUAUUGAUCGAGCUGGAACAUCAAGGCCCAUUGAGUGAUCUCCAGGAGCCAGGUGACAUAGUAGAUGGCGAAGAUGGCCAAGAAACGAGAUUCAACAUCUCUAGCAGAGUUAGCAAAUCUAUGUUUAUGGCGCUUGGAACAGACUAUAGGGCCGUGGUUCGACAGUGUAUACAUUGCGACUUUGGGAAAGAUAACGAUUUGGAAGACCCCGCACUGCAGGUUGCUUUUGAAAGAGAUGUGAUUUUUGUUCUAGAGAGAUUAGAAAGAAAAUAUUAA